GGCAGAGCUUCCUGAGGAGCUUUGGUAGAGAAAUAGUUACGUAAGGAGUAGCUUCCUAGCAAGCGUGCUGCUCAUUAAAAAGAUUCCAGGUGCUACAGGCCUUUGGAGCCAAUGUGCAGUAAACUGAGCAGUAAUGAAACUAAAAUACUAACUGUUGUAAUCAGGUGAAUGAUACAGGAAAUGUGGGAGCAGACCCAUUACAUGUGUGGGCUCCCUGUGGCCAGGUCAGCACUACACGUCAUUGUUAACCUAGAUUAUCCAAUUUAUUGGUUGGAGAUGAAAAUUCAUUCUCUUAAUAUAGGCAGUUUCCCUGCAGAUGUUUUUAUUCUACUUAAGGCAUUGUAGCUUUCUCUUCCUGAAAGACUCAAGUUGCCCUCUCCAAGCUGUCUUAAGUCCAUGUUGGACUCAAUUUGGGGGGCAUCAUUUUUUUUUUUAAAUGAACCCAGCUCCAUCCCUCACAAAGAGCUCAAAAUUUCAUUUACUUCUGGGAGUUGACCUCCAGUCUCCAUUAUGCUCUGCAGUUUUCCUACUUUCAAAUAUACCUUUCAGAGUUUCCAUUAUCUGAUUUUUUUUUUCCUCUCUGUUACUGCAAGGUAAGUGAAGUGCUGUUGAGUAAGUGAAUUAUUCAGUUGUUACCUCGUCCUCAGCGGUGUUCUUAGAGUGCUCCAUUCUGUACCUAAUCAUUCACUUCCUGAAAGAGGCCAAGACUACCUUGCUCAAGGACCUAAAUGACCACAGACAAUUCACUACUGGCCAGUCCCCCAGCAUAUUCCCUCCUGGGUUCAUCAUUGGGCUCUUGCCCAUUUUCCUAAAGGCUGAGUUCAUAGUGUUAACGCCCCUUAUGUCCAAGGCGUGAUGCUCUAUGGUGGGUACCGAAAUAUGGUUGAAUCACUGAAUCAAAGGAAAAUGAACCACUGACAAUAAAAUGCAGGAGUCUGGCUGACCUGGCCUGCCUCUGGUGGGAGCCAUGGCUACACAGAGAAGGUCACAGGGAAUAAUCCACCAGGUGUAUUGGCCUUUUGCCCUAAAGUCAGAAGGGAUUUUUGUCAUGUAUUGAAAGUGUAAGCCAGCAGGCGUCUGCAGCUUAGAAUCGGGGAAAAAGGCUUAUUGACAGUAAGUAAAAGGAGAAUUCAGUGUUUUCAUCUUUGGAACCAGAUGUUGCAUCUCGAUAAGCUGGAGGCCUGUAAGGAUAGGGACAAAGUCAUUUACCAACUCCUAUAUAACAGUUCAGCAAAGUAUUUCCCCAGAGCGGAAGAGAUGGCGAGUGUGAUACAAUGGAAAGAGCACGUGAGCCUACAUCUGAGGUUCACCUAGGCCCUCCUACUCACCUCAUCGAGCAAGUCACAUUCUCUCUAAAGUUGGCUUAAUACCAGAGUUUUGGGGGCCCAAUGAAAGUGCAUAUGAAGUGCAUUGUAAAAUGCUCGUUAAAUGGGUUUUUGUGGGCUCAGCACCUGUAUGAAGCAGUGUAUUACCCCUUUCUUCGUUUGGUAUAUUAGAAGAACCAGGGGUUUGAAGAACAGGUAGCUUUAGAAUGAGGGUGAGCAUUUAAAAAGUGUCUGCUUGUCUGCCAGCAUGUUGCAUACAUUAUUUCCAGCUCUGUCAGCCUCUUAAGCUAGACUCACACCGAUGAGGACCCUCACCCAAACAGCCUAAAGCCACACACGGUUAGAGCCCAUGUGCUUUUCCUGGCACAUGGAACUCCUCUCAUUCAUUAGAAACUGCAGGCUGAAGUUAAGGAUGAAAUGGAGGCAGAUCAGAGAUGGAGUCUCCCUAGCCUUUGAGGUCUGCAUUGGGUCAGGCAGCCACGCAAACUGUAGCUGAGCGGGUCCCUGUAGCAGCCAGGGCUGCAGGGUGGGCACACCAGUGUGCUGGGGUGUCUCCAGGGCUCUGCUCUCAGCGCACACAGGAAUGGCUCCCAGAGAAGCCAGCGUGUUCCCAGCAAGCUGGCUUUAUCUCCUCUAAGCCUGGAGGUUGAGUGAGCUCCACAGGGAAGAUGGGUCACCUUGUGCUGUCCUGCCUGCUCCCAGGCCACCAGAGCUUCCCUCACCCUCCACCAGAGGUCACCCCUGCGGAGCCUUGGCCCCGACUCAUGCACUGUCACGCUGAGCUUUGCAGCUGGGAUUUAUUUUUGGCACAUCAGCCUUCCGUCCUCAAGUAGCAAAGCCUGAAGGAAGAGCAGCAAGAUAUCCUGUUCUGGCCACAAGCGUCGGCUUGGGACACGCUUCAGCCCUCUGUUGUCCCCUGUCCCCAGGGGGCUCCUGGACCUUUGGGAUUCCUGUCACGUUUAUUCCAGGGCCUGCGAGGACAUAGAGGUGAGUAGCUGUGUGGGGAGCGGGAGAGGCUGUGGCAUAGGGAAGACAGAACCCCCCACAUCCCUUAGACCCACCUCUUCCUGCUUCUGAAGGUACGUGGGCCCAGAAGCAUGGCAGCACUGAUUCUCUAAGUUUCAGGGAGGGAUGUCAUGUUCCAAAAAGGACCAGGCUACCUACUCCUGUUUGGGGACCCUUUCCAAAGGCAUCUUGGAGCUGAACAUGACCCAGUACAAGACACUGCCAGACUCCCGUUCCGCACAGAGCUUCUAUGAGAACUACGAGACCAAGGAGAUCCUGGGCAGGGGAGUGAGCAGCGUUGUCAGGCGCUGCAUCCACAAGCCCACAUGCCAGGAGUACGCUGUGAAGAUCAUCGACGUCACGGGUGGGGGUAGCUUUAGCCCCGAGGAGGUGCAGGAGCUGCGAGAGGCCACGCAGAAGGAGGUGGACAUCCUGCGCAAGGUCUCAGGACACCCCAACAUCAUACAGCUGAAGGACACUUAUGAGACCAACACUUUCUUCUUCUUGGUGUUUGAUCUGAUGAAGAGAGGGGAGCUCUUUGAUUACCUCACUGAGAAGGUCACCCUGAGUGAGAAGGAAACCAGAAAGAUCAUGAGAACCCUGCUGGAGGUGAUCUUCACCUUGCACAAACUCAACAUCGUGCAUCGGGAUCUGAAACCUGAGAACAUCCUCCUGGAUGAUGACAUGAAUAUCAAGCUCACAGACUUUGGCUUUUCCUGCCAGCUGAAGCCAGGAGAGAAGCUGCGAGAGGUCUGCGGGACCCCCAGUUACCUGGCCCCUGAGAUCAUCGAGUGCUCCAUGGAUGAUGCCCACCCUGGCUAUGGGAAGGAGGUGGACAUGUGGAGCACGGGGGUCAUCAUGUACACGCUGCUGGCCGGCUCCCCACCCUUCUGGCACCGCAAGCAGAUGCUGAUGUUGAGGAUGAUCAUGAGUGGCAACUACCAGUUUGGCUCACCAGAAUGGGAUGAUUACUCGGACACUGUGAAGGACUUGGUCUCCCGCUUCUUGGUGGUGAGUCCCAAAGGCCGCUGUUCGGCAGAAGAGGCCUUAGCGCAUCCCUUCUUCCAGCAGUACAAGGUGGAGGAAGUGCGUCACUUCAGCCCCCGGGGGAAGUUCAAGGUGAUCGCCCUGACGGUGCUGGCUUCCGUGCGGAUCUACUACCAGUACCGCCGGGUGAAGCCCGUGACCCGGGAGAUCGUGAUCCGAGACCCCUAUGCCCUCCGGCCCCUGCGGCGACUCAUCGACGCCUACGCUUUCCGGCUCUAUGGCCACUGGGUGAAGAAGGGGCAGCAGCAGAACCGGGCAGCGCUCUUCGAGAACACACCCAAGGCUGUGCUCCUCUCCCUGGCUGAGGAGGUCUACUGACGGGCAGGCCGGCAGGCCAGGUGGGACGGGGGUCAGGCCGGGAGGAGAAGCCACCGAUAUGGAGGGCACAGGAGUGAGAGCGGGUGCAGGCCUCUGUCCAGAGGGGGCACUUGGCCCCAGCCACUCUCCCCUCUUGGAGGCAUCACGUGGUGGUCAGUGCAGUUGGAGCCAGGCCCACGGAGUGGGUGGUCCAGAACCCACUGUGGUCCAGAACCAGAAGCACCCUGCCUCUCCACAGCCCAGCUAUACCACCAUGUCCGCUUGUCCUCACGGGAGGCCCACAGUUACUGACACUCGGUGCACCACCUUUAGGGUCCCAGGGUGAGGAUGAAAGAGAACAGUCUGAGAAUUGCAAUCACAGGAGACUUUACUGACCUCACAAAGUCCAGUGACAGCACGGGAGCAGGUUCUUCUCUGGGGCCAUGUUUUUAGAGGCACAGGGCAGCCCUUACAUAAUUAAUAAUAGAAAGGAAAGCUUCUGCUGUUUGCCUUUGUGGAGUAUUAUUCACUCUGUGCCUCCCGUGAUACACAGUUGCGCCUGGUAAAUCCGUCGUUCUCCUAGACCCUUUUAAGACUGACAGUGUGCUUUAAAGAGCCCACAGAACUGCAUUUCACAAACGGUGGAAACUAGGUUCCCUCGGAGGUGCAUGAAACCCCACAAAUAAGGCAAAUGAAGGAAUCAUUUUCCUUCUACAGCAACUUGCUGGGAAAACAAGGAGACCUGGGGAAAUUCUGCCUUGAGCAAACAAUGUCAGGUCCCCGGGUCAGACAGUGAGAAAGUUGGAGGGAGCAGAUUUAAAAUAUUUUCACAAACUGCCUUUCAGAGCACUGCGCCCCAAAUGUUUUGAGUAUGUGGCCUCCAUACGGUCAGUAUUUGACCUCUAAGAGAAACGUCCGGCUCCUGGACACAAUCAGUAAGUUGGGCCCCUUCUCCAGGAGACAGUGGUGCCCCUCCGUGGAGGUCAGGGUCCUUUCCUGCCCGGGGGAGAGGUGUCUGCCACAGGGAGGGGGGAGGGGAUGGACGCAGUCCCGAGUUUGGCUGUGUUUGGCAUGUGGCCAGGGAGUGCCGCGGGUGCCACGGGGGACUCUCCUCAUCUCUGUGUGGCUGCUCACAGCUCCCCAGGUGGUCGGCCUGCACUGGAAGCACAGCGGAAGCCUAGGUUGUCUGAGGCUGAAUCUGGAGUAUUGCCCAUUCUGCCACCAGAGAAGGGGAGAGAGAAUGGACAUUUGUUGAGAAAGGGACCCAGGGCCUUACCCAACUCUCCUGCUCCAGCUCCCAGGGCCUGCUGUGGUCUGGGGCGCCUGGGGACUGGUGGGGGGGCAUACACAGUCUGGUGUGUGAGGGUAGGGCCUGAGGGUGUGCCAUUCCUGGGGGAAAGGGGUAAGAAGGGACCUUGGGUGGAGGAAGUGAGGGUGGUCCUGAGAGACUGAACUGGAAGGAAGGAAAGGCCACAAGUAAUAACUUCGACUGUCGGUAGUUUAGAAUAACUCAGCCAAAAAAAGCCUGUCGGCAAGAAGUGAGACUAUUAUAGCACCAACCAGUACCUCACACUUUCCAGAGAAGUUUCACACGUAUUCCUUCAUUUGCCAUUUCCCUUACUGCUCUGGAAGGUGUGUUUUGUUCACCAUCUCACAGACCCAGAGUCAGACACUAGAAAGAUUUAAAUGUCUUGCCCAAGGCCAACCACUGCUUUAGUGGCACAACAGAAUUAGUGGCAAACCCAGCUUCCUGGUCCCCAGGCCAAUACUUUCUCCACUACUUUGUCCGAAAGAAAAAGGUGAGGAAAAUCCAGGGGCUCAGUGUAUCAAAGAAACGCCUGCAAACCUGACACCCUGAGGCCACAGGAACAGUGGCUUCUCGACAGUCCUUCCGGAACCCAGGAGCAGGAGGAGUUGCAGGGAGAUUAACCAAAAUAAAUCCACAGAUGAACAAGGUGGAGGGUCCUAGAAGGGGACUCGGGAGCCGGGGACUCCACCAUUCAGGUGCCACCACUAGCCAUCUGUGUGAAAUGAGCAGGCUCCAGGACCUCCCUGAGCCUAGUUUUUCUUGAUUGUAAGACAAAACGGUUGUAGAAAAUGACUUUUCAUGUGCACACUCGUUGGAAGAGUCAAUAUUUCCAUGACCCCUGGCCAUGACCUAUCGAUGUGGCCAUUCCACUUCCCUCUCUCUGCAAGCCUAGCUCGGAGGACAAGAGGGGAAACCACAUAAUUAAGAUGCUGGACACAGAGUCUGCCUCUGGGCUGACAGCUGGCAGGAAAAGGCACCAGCAGUCCCGGGCUCUUGGCUUUCUAUGGCAAGUGUAGCCUGCUUCUUCUUCUGUACCCACAGCCCCCAGUGGAGGGGGAGGCACGGCAGCGGCGGCCACGCCAGAUCUGGUGCCACCUGUGCUCUGGGAGACCAGGACCCAGACCCUCAGCCCCCAGCUACCGAGCCCCUCACCUGGUGGUGACCCGGGCCCGGUGAUUGGCAGAGCCAUCGGCCGUGUCGAUCCAGGACGCCCCCCGGAGGACACGCAUGUCCUGGUCGGCAGGCUGGUAUGGUGACGCUGUCCACUCCCACACGUUGCCCACGAGGUCAAAGAGCCCUGAAGCACAGCGGCGGGUCUGGCCCAGGCUGGGGAGCGCCACCCGAUGGCCCUGGGGAGCUAAUGCUUCCCUGUGCUGCUUCUCUCCACCUCACUUUUCAGGCAGGACCAUCCCACCAGCCGAGCUGUGAACGCUCACAUGACAGCAACCCGACGAGCAAUCUUACCGUAGUUGUUCUGUGGGGGGAAAGCGUUCACCGGGGAGACUCCAUGGAAGCCAUCCUCAGCCUUGUCACCCUUGGGGAACUUUCCCUGAGGGAGGGAGAAAUUUAGGCUCAAAGAUUUACCAUCCCGUCCCAAGGCAGCUGCUCCCACCUGCCCAGAGGAGCUUAAACCAAGGCCAUCUUGCGGUAUCCUCUGCGGUAGGGGAAGGGCACGGGGCAGUGACCCUAGGUUCCCACCCUGAGCUCCCUAACCAGCUGCCUCGUGUCCUCUACUAUGAUCUCCUGGCUGGAUUAGGAAAUUUGUCGUUUCCCCUGUGUCCACACCAGCCUGCCCCACUCCCACUUUCUCGACUUCCUCCCCAUGUGCCUUGAGAAGAAAGGCUCUGCCUCCCCUCCUCCAUAACCGGCACCCGUCUCCUCAGGAACGAGACGCUCAUCCUGUGCUCCCCUGUACCAUCGCUUUCCCUUCUAUCACCAACAGGCUUAACUCUCCCUCAUCUGCUCUGACCCUGCCUUCCUCACCUCCUGCUUUUUACCGCCAACAUUCUGGAAAAGUAACCUGUAUUUGCUGACGCAUUUUGUUCAACUUGUUCAUUCUGUUUCUCAUUGAAAUUGGAGUUCAGCUGCCCCUGCUUUAUGGGGGCUGAUCUUAUGAAAGGGAAGAUGAAGGGGCUACAAUUUACUCAUCGCCAACUAUGUGCUAGGGCUGCUACAUCUAUGUCUUUAAUCCUGACCAGGUUGUGAGGCAAGUAUUUUCUCCCUUUAAAAAGCUAGCAACUGGGACUUCCCUGGUGGUGUAGUGGUUAAGAAUCCACCUGCCAAUGCAGGGGACACGGGUUCGAACUCUGAUCCGGGAAGAUCUCACAUGCUACGGUGCAGCUAAGCCUGUUUCACACGUCUGCACUCUAGAGCCCACAAGCCACAACUACUGAGCCCAUGUGCCACAACUACUGAAGCCUGCACUCCUAGAGCCCAUGCACCACAACAAGAGAAGCCACUGCAAUGAGGAGCUCGCGCGCCGCAACGAUGACCCAAUGCAGCCAAAAAAAAAAAGCUAGCAACUGAGACUCAAAACAGUUAAUUUAACAAAGAUCCCAUGGUGAAUAAGUCAGAUAAGACUUUUUGCAAAGCUCUGAUCUCAAGAUCAUCUAAAAGGUCAGUCUACCCCUGAGGCCCUUUUCAAGGCUUCACCCUAAAAUGCUGGUGCUGGGCUCCCCUCAUGCUGCAGAGUCCCCUUGGGGGAUGUCAUUCCUGCCUACAGUGUACGCUGUUGACUCCAAACCAGUUGCUCUGACCCAGACCUCUGUCCUAAGCUCCAAACUCAUAUUUUCAACCUCUUACUGAGCAUAUCCAUGACCCAAAGGCAGCUUAAGCUAGGCUGAUCCUAAACUGACCAAGUUCUAUCCCUCUGACCCCCAACACGCAUAUUAUCUAUUCUGGAUAAUGGUCACACCAGCACCCUCUUGCCCAAGCUUGGAUUCAUGCUUGAGUCCUUCUCUCUUCCACUCCUCCAUGUUUGGCAAAGUACCAAACCCUGUCUCUCCUCUCAGGCAGGCGUCUCCCACCUGGCUUCGUCUCGAUUUCACUUCCACUUCAUGCAAGUGUUCACAUCCCUGGGCCAUGGCCGCAGCCUCGGAUUCAGAGACCUCCUGCAGCUCUACUUCAUUUGAUCCCACACAAAUUUUCAACAAUCAGCAUCCCCAAAUCAAAAUGAUGUUGUCGCUCCCCUGUUUCAAGACCUCUGUCGGCUCCCCACUGCCUGGAGAGUAAAAUCUAAAACCACAUCUUGGCACCCCUGGUCCUUCAUAAUCUGCCUCCAAUCCACUGCCUACUUCAUCUCCUAUACCUCCUGUUUCCCUGUGCGCUAGCCUCUCCGAGUCUGGCAUGUCUCUGAACACACAGCACCCUUUCCUUAUCCACUGCUGACAUGCAUGUUGUUUCCUCCACUUUUCUCAUGGCAAACUCCGGUUCAAUCAGCUCAAAUGGCAUGUUCACUGUGAAGUCACGCCCUGCUCUUGCAGCACAAGAGAGCACACUCCCAGCACACCCCCCCAGCACAUGCUGCACAUCUGCACUAUAUAGCCCCACCACGUUGUCUUCUGCUUUACCCCUUUACCAGCUUUCAGUUCCAUUACAACACGAAGGCCUCUGAGUCCCACAGCCUAACACAGUGUCUAGCCCACAGCAGGUCUCAAUCAACACUCUGAGAAGGGACAGGAGUGAGGAAUGUGUGUCUUACCUGCCACAGGUUGGUGCGGUUUGGCUGGAACUCGUUUCCCCAGGGGUAAACCUGACCUGCCAGGAGGGCAAGGAGACAGCGGAGGAGGGAGAGGUGAGGAGUUGGGGAAGAAGGGAAAGGUAGAAAGAGCAAGGCAACCGAAAGGAAGUGAUGAGAACAGAAGAAUAAGAUUACUUACUUUUACUUCCCACGCCCCUCCCUUCCACUCACAGUAUUGCACUCGGAGGCCCUGGCUUCUGAUUUGCUCCAGGACAGGACAAUUCUAGGUGUGGUUCUGACCAGUGCCAUUCUGCAAACUAUUUGUUACCAGCUCAUGCUGGGAUAAGUACAGAAAUUGAGAGUAAGCAUUGAGAAACUUGUUCUUUAGACUUAGACUGGAUAAAUGAACAAGCAACCUCAUUUAUCACAUUAAUAACUUUGACUAUUGGUAUGGCCAGUGUUCAUUCAAAGACUGUGUAGAGGUGUUGAAUAUGGGAAAUUGCUAUUUCACUCUAACUUUCUGUUUAGGUAGGAAUGCAAACUAACAAAGUUAUAAGCAAAUAGCAAUGUUAUAUUAAUCCCUAUACAGCUAUGGAAAAGGUAUACAGUAUAGGUAAUCCUUUUCUUUUUCCCUAUGCUAUGUUGUUCUGAUUAUACUUAUUGAAAUGGAACUUGUCUGUAGACUCUCCAAUAAUUAAAAAAAUAUGUCUGUUUUUUUCAUUUCAUUUUCCAGUUACUAAUUUUUAUGCUAUUUUAUGGAAGUAUUGGUCUGAGAUGGAUUAGAAAUAACACCAACAACUGGUCCGUCACUACACAGUGUAAGAAGCACUGUUCGGGGCUUCCCUGGUGGUGCAGUGGUUAAGAAUCCGCCUGCCAACGCAGGGGACAUGGGUUCGAGCCCUGGUCCGGGAAGAUCCCACAUGCCGCGGAGCAACUAAGCCCGUGCGCCACAAAGACUGAGCCUUUACUCUAGAGCCUGUGAGCCAGAACUACUGAGCCCGUGUGCUGCAACUACUGAAGCCCACGCGCCUGGAGCCCAUGCUCUGCAACAAGAGAAGCCACCGUAAUGAGAAACCCACGCACCGCAACGAAGAGUAGCCCCCACUCACUGCAACUAGAGAAAACCUGUGCACAGCAACAAAGACCCAAUGCAGCCAAAAAUAAAUAAAUAAAAU